AGAGAGAGAGAGAGAAAGAGAGAGAGGGAGGAAGGAAGCGACGACAUCAGAACAACUAGUCAUCUGCAGAGCUGCUGCCGCUGUUCGCCUCAAACCUCGGACUUGUUUGUUUUUAAUGAUUCGUUUCUUUUAAAUGUUUUCUCCUCAUUUUUUUUAAAGCUUUUCAAUUUUAGCGUCAAAGCUCCGCGUUCCACCUCCUGCCCGCCCAGCUGGCCCCCGACUUUUGACGCAGUAUGCCCUCGGAAAAAACCUUCAAACAAAGAAGGACGUACGAACAGAGAGUAGAAGAUGUGCGACUGAUCCGGGAGCAGCACCCCAACAAGAUACCUGUGAUCAUCGAGAGGUACAAAGGAGAGAAACAGCUUCCCAUCCUGGACAAGACCAAGUUCCUGGUGCCGGACCACGUCAACAUGAGUGAGCUCAUCAAGAUCAUCAGGAGGCGCCUCCAGCUCAACUCGAACCAGGCCUUCUUCCUGCUGGUGAACGGCCACAGCAUGGUGUCGGUGUCGGCCGCCAUCGCCGAGGUGUACGAGCGCGAGCGCGACCAAGACGGCUUCCUCUACAUGGUGUACGCGUCCCAGGAGACCUUCGGCGCCACCGCCGCCGCCGCCACGACCGCCCAGUGAACCGGCUCACUUCUUCUUCUUCUUCUUCUUCUUCUUCCUCUUCCUCUUCCUCUUCCACCACCUGGCCAGCGAUUGGACAAUUGUAGUUCGUAUCCCCUCGCCGACGGCGGUUAUCCUCACUGUUGUGUGUCUCUCCCGGCUGUAUAUUCACAUGUUGAUGUAUGGCGGGGGGGCAAAAGUCUGACCUUUGACCCCUCCGCAUAUUUACAGUACAUUUGAAGUAGUGAUAUAACGUAGACGGGGGGAGAAGAGGAGGCCCCCCCCCGACCACUUGUCGAAUAGCCAAUGAACAAAGCCGACCUUGCUUUUCGGAGGUUUUGUGGAGACCGGCACUAGAGAAGGAGUUUCUGGGUUCACGCUGUUUUAAAUGGAGCUUUUUUUAUUUUUAAAUCGCAGUCUGAGGGGGAAGUUAAAGAUUUGUAGUUUUGUUAUUUUUUUGCCAGGGGAAAAAAAACCCCUUCAUUAAUCCAAACAUCUCUGUUGUGUGUCUGCUUCUGUGUUUUUAACCCCCCUCCCUCAUCCCCCUCACCCCCCACCCCCCCCUCCCUCAUCCCUGCCAUGUAGCCUGAAGCGUCUUCUUUACUGUAACAACAACACAAACAAAGGAAAAGUUAGGAAGCCGCUUUGCUCUCGAAAACAGAUGAUUGUUCGCUUGCGAAAAAAAUUGAAAGAAAAAAUUAAUAAAUAUAUAGAAAAAAGUUGCCUUGGUGUACAGAUAAUAUUGACUUGAUGGUUUCGGUAUUCCGUUGCGAGGGUGUGGCCGAGACACUGCGAGGAGCAACGCUCCGAAAGGGGGAGGAGGAUGAGGAUGAGGAUGAUGAUGAUGAUGAGGAUGUUGUGUCUGUGAAUGCUGACGAGAGGAGGGGGGGGGGGCGUCCUGAAACCGGGGGGGCAGGUGGGACUGUCCCAUCUUUCUUUCUGUUUUUUGACCCUUUGACCUACAGAGCUGUCAUUGUUGUUCGGUGUCACGUGGCGUCUCUGUCGCUGUGGGAGCUUCCACCCGCCCGGUGGGCUUUUUUAAGGGCUGCGCUCUAACACACGAAAACAUUUUGAAUAUCCAGCUGAUUUGCUUCACACGUUCACUAUGCUGUUACGCUUCUCCUCCUCCUCGUCCUCCUCCUCAUCUUCUCUUUAACAGAUCUGAGGCUUGGCUGCGUUUAUAUAUCGCUGCGUUUUCUCUUUUAUCAUCUUUAUUUUGUUUUUUAUUUAACGUGAUUCUCAUUUCAUUGUUCGACAUUGACUCGACUCUUCGCUGUCUGGUGAAAGCCACUGUGUGUUGCCCCGGUGACGGACGGGUGGAGCCUUGUGCUCCUCUGUGUCACACACACACACACACACACACACACACACACACACACACACACACACACACACACACACACACACACACUGCACAGCCUGCUCUUAUGUAUUUAUGUUGGUAUUUUGUAAAGGAUGAAAGACAGGAAUAAACAAUAAAAGACGGGAAAAAAAGAA